GCAACUGAAUGCAAAAUACCCAGUCUUUUUUCAUUCUCAUUUUGAUUUCUAACUGCUGUGUUCCAACACCAACAUUAUAAAAUUAGGUAUAUUCCCUAUGUCUCGGCUUUCUCUUUCAAAAUAUUUUGAUGGCCAUUUAUUAAUAUUUUGAGCUUACCAACAGCACUUUUUUGUCUUUUUCAAACCGGAAAUUACAAAGUUUAGACUUCACAGUGAUAUUGCCUACAAAAGAGUGAAAAAUAAUACAAUGGAGCCAGACUUUCUUAAUGCUUUUGCACAGUCCACUGCAUUUAAUCAAUUGCCAUUUGAGAAUGACAUUGUUCAAGGAGAAAAGAAAAAAGUCAUAAAACCAACCUCACGCAAUGACCCGAAACUGGAAGGACUACAAGUGUUACUGAUUGACUGGAUUAAUUCAAUCCUGAAACAGGAACACAUAAUAAUAAAAAGCCUGGAGGAAGAUCUAUUUGAUGGCCUGAUACUUCAUCAUCUCUUAGAAAAGCUAGGAUCUCUCAACCUAGACGUAGAGAAGAUUGCACUGACAGAAAACAAGCAGAGACAGAAACUUACUGUGAUUCUAGAAGCUGUGACCAAGUGUUUGCAAGUAGAGGAAAGCCAGCUGAAAUGGAGUAUUGAUUCUAUUUUGAAGAAGGAUUUGCUGAGCACAUUGCAUCUUCUGAUUGCCAUAGCAAAGCACUUCCAGCCUGAUCUGGCUAUCCCUCCAAAUAUUAAUGUGGAAGUAGUAAUAAUUGAGCGUACAGCGAAAGGCCUAAAGACGGAAAAUGCUGUGGAAUAUAUCACAGAUUGCAAGGAGACUUUAGAAGAUCAGUCAAAUACUGAUGCUUUUGAUGAAUUAUUCACCCAUGCUCCUGACAAAUUGGAAGCUGUAAAGGAGGUAUUUUUGCAAUUUGUCAACAAACAUGUUGGAAAAUUAGGAUUAAAUGUGAAGGAUUUUGAAAAUCAGUUUGCAGAUGGUGUCAUCUUACUGUUGUUAAUUGGACAACUUCAAGGUUUUUUCUUGAAUUUAAGGGAUUUCUUCCUAAAUCCAAGUUCUGAAACAGAAAUGCUUCACAAUGUUAACCUUGUCAUGGACUUGCUGACAGAUGAAGGAGUUCUAAAUGUUCAUCUCAACCCUGAAGAUAUCAUGUGCAGAGAUGUGAAGACCAUACUGAAGAUUUUAUAUUGCUUAUAUUCCAAAUACAAGACCAAAAAACGUGAAGACUGAAAGCAAGACAUAGAUUUUCCUCCUGGUGCAUUAUAAGAUCAAUUUUUUUGUUUCGUUGUGUUUGCCACUUUGCAUGUAUAUCCACCUGUGCUUGAUUUGCUUGCAAACAUGUGUUUAAUGAAACAUGUAUGAGUGGAAAGUUGCACUUAUAUAACUUGGGCUGCCAGCAAUAAAAAUAGGCAUGGUAGAUUUUGAUUUUGAUUUUUUAAAAAUAAUUUUGAAAUAAAUGCUUAAAAAUAAAAA